CGCUGCGGUAGACUACAACACCACUGCAGCACAACACGGCAACACGACAAUCGCUCCGUACACCAGCACAAGAAUCCGACAUGCCUCCAAAACGGACGAGGAAGCUUGAGAUUUUCGCCGACAGUGUUGCGCCCACGAGAUCCUCGCCGAGAAACAAGCGAAAGCAGCCCGACUCCGAUGCCACCGUCGCUGCCGAAACUGGAUCCGGACCGACGCCAAAGAGACCCGCCCUCGGUGCGAAGACUGCCAAUUCGCGGGACACAAAACGUCGUCGGGAGGCCGAUACCAAGGUCGAUGCCAAGGUCGGAGCCGUCAAGCACGAAACGGCAGAGUCGUUGCCGUUGCCAGCGUCUCAAUUAGCACCGUCAUCGCCCCACAAUACGGUGUCCCAGAAGGCUACAUCCCCCGUUCCAGUCUCGAAGGCUGCCCACAAGCAAGGCUCCGAGAUUCGCAAGCAUCUGGAAGGCCACUCCUCCGACAUUGAGCAUCUGAAAUCUCUCAUCGACGAGGAUGAGAUUCAGGAAGCUUCCGACUUUGUCUCCCUCAAAAGGCUUUGGACACCCGCGCUGCUCACCACCUUCGCCGACACCCGGAUCGCCAAGCUGGACCUCAGCUCCCCCGCCAGCGACGGCAGCUUCUCGAUCCCCGCCUUCCCGUCCACGCAGCUCCUCGCUCCGCUAUUCAGCCCGAACCGUUUCCUGAAGCUCAGCACCAUCAUACUCCGCAACACAACCGUGUCGUCCGAUGACAUCGCACUGCUCCGCGUGCUCCCCUCGCUCGCCGUCCUCGACCUCACCGGCACCGGAAUCUCGAACCUAGCUCUCCACUACAUAGUCUGCCACCGGCACACACUGACCUCGCUCAACAUCUCGAACAACCCGUCGAUCAACGACGAGGCGCGGCUAACGAUCCGCCCCUUGCACCGUCUCAAGAGCCUCUACCUCCGGGGCACCAACCUAUCGCUACCCGCGCUGCGGCGUCUCGCGCUGGACGAUCUCGCGCCGGGCUGCAGAUUGCUCAGCAUCCCUGCGCACGCCAUCACCACGAUCAACAACCUGCACGAAAAGUACUGUGUCGAGAUCCCGGCGGGCUACAUCGAGGAUCCGGACAAGGUCGAUGCGAUGAGCCUGCUGGUGCUCAAGCGCAACCUCGAGCUCCACGCGAAGUGUAACAAGGACGUGCAGGUCACUGGUACGAAGGUAGAGCUGGUGCAUCGUCUGAAAACCCUCCUGGAGAAUCGCAAGGCGGAUCAGAAGAUCAUUGCGAUUCUGGGGAGGGGCGAGGCUUGAUGGGGUUUUCUUGCGUGCUGGCGACAACUUGACAUACAUUUUAGUGGCGUUUGUGCUUUCUUGUCGUUUCUUCUCUUCUCUUCUCUGGCAUUUACAUGAGCUGGCGUUCCUGAUCGCCUUU